AUGCGAGUCCUUCCAAGAUCCGCCUCUCCAAUCUGCGCGCUGCGCCCCGGAGCCCCGGAGGAGGCGCCCAGGCGCGCGGAGAGGGCGGGCUGCUUGUGGGCUGCCUGCUCUGUCUCUGCCUCGGAGAGAAGGGGGGCAAAACGAAAACAAGCGACCGAGAAGGGGCUCCGGGCCGAGACGGGGACGCGAAGUCUCUCCCAGCUAUGAUUUGCGGCAGGAAGAAAAAGGCGUGCGGGGAAAAGCAGCGCUGCUGCCCGCGCCAGCAGCAGCAACAACUCUCCAGCCAACCGUGCGCAAACGUGCCCAAACUCUCCGGGCACCGCGCCUUCAAAAAACUGGGCCUGACAGACGAUGAAGAUAUCAAGGUGAUGCUGAAAGGAUCCCCCUUUUGGAAAGUCAAGGCCAAGCCGGCACAGAAGCAAAGAAUAUAUCGCCUGCAGGAAGAUGGAAUGACCAUCUGGUUUGAGACCCGUUUCAAGAAGGCUUACUCCAAACAUGUCUUCUCCAUCCUACACAUCGAAAGCGUGCGAGAAGGUUAUCAGUCGGAGGGGCUUCGGAAAUUCGGCGGCUCUUUCCCCGAACAGCAAUGCUUCACCAUUGUCUUCAGGGGCAAGAGGAAAAACCUGGACCUGGCUGCCCGGAGUGUGGACGAUGCUCAGCGAUGGGUGCGAGGGCUCACAAAACUGAUGGCCAGAGGCGAAGCCAUGAGCCAGCGAGAGAAGCUCGAACAUUGGAUCCAUGACAUCUUGCACCAGGCUGACAAGAACAAAGACAAUAAGAUGAGCUUCAAAGAAAUCAAAAACAUGCUGCGGAUGAUAAACAUAGACAUGAACGACAUCUACGCCUACAGGCUCUUCAAGGAGUGUGACAGAUCAAACAACGACCGCUUGGAGGAAUAUGAGAUUGAGGAGUUCUGCACACGGCUGAUGGCGCGUCCUGAGCUGGAGGAGAUCUUUCGCCGUUACUCGGGCGAGGACCGCGUGCUGUCGUCUGAGGAGCUGCAGGAAUUUCUCCGCGACCAGGGCGAGGAAGCCAGCUUGCAGUGGGCUCAUGAAAUCAUCCAGACUUUUGAGCUGAACGAGAAAGCCAGGCAGCACAAUCUCAUGAUGAUGGAUGGCUUCAUGAUGUACCUGCUGUCCUCCGCCGGAGACAUCCUCAACCAGGGCCACGCAAAGAUAUACCAGGACAUGACGCAGCCACUGUGCCAUUACUUCAUCUCGUCCUCCCAUAACACCUACCUGACGCAGAACCAGAUUGGAGGCGCCAGUAGCACUGAGGCCUACAUCCGGGCUUUGAUGAAGGGGUGUCGCUGUGUGGAGCUUGACUGCUGGGAGGGCUCCAACGGAGAGCCCAUCAUCUACCACGGCCACACUCUGACCUCCAAGAUCCUCUUCCGGGAUGUGAUUGAAAGCAUCCGGGACCAUGCAUUCAAGCAUUCUUCCUACCCUGUGAUUCUCUCUCUGGAAAACCACUGUGGGCCGGAACAGCAGUCCAAGAUGGCGCGCCACAUGAAGGCUAUUUUAGGGAACAUGCUUGUGACCCAACCACUGGAUGGAGACACGCCCAAACAGCUCCCAUCACCAGAGCAGUUAAAGUGGAAGAUAUUGGUGAAGGCAAAGAAGUUGCCAGAGGACAAGGGUGAUCCCGAAAAAACGAGCUACAUCACAAAUCCUGAGGAAGAAAUGCAGGAGGAAGAGGAAGAUAAGUCUACGCAUUCUCUUCAAGGGAUUAAACCAUUGCAGGCAAAGGACGCUGGGCAGAUUUCACGGGAACUCUCUGAUGUGGUUGUCUAUUGCCGGUCUGUCCCGUUCCAAAGUCUGUCUCAAGCUCUGCGCCACCAGCAGCCUACGGAGAUGUGCUCAUUCAGCGAGCGGAAAGCCAGGAAGCUGAUCAAAGAAUCAGGAAUCCCUUUUGUCCGAUACAACGCCCGGCACCUCAGCCGCAUCUACCCGCUGGGUCUGAAGAUGAACUCUGCCAACUACAACCCUCAGGAAAUGUGGAAUGCUGGCUGCCAACUUGUGGCGCUUAACUUCCAGACGCCCGGUGCAGAGAUGGAUCUGAACGAUGGGCGCUUUUUGGUCAACGGCCGUUGCGGCUACGUGCUAAAACCCGCUUUCCUGCGCAACCACCAGAGCACAUUUGAUCCUGAAGCUCCCAAGGGCAGGACAGGCCAGCGCCCGGUUGCCCUCACUAUCAAGGUGAUCACAGCUCAGCAGCUGCCCAAACUGAACAAAGAGAAGAGCUCCUCCAUCGUGGACCCCUUUGUGCGGGUCGAGAUCUACGGAGUCCCUGGGGACUGCGCCAAGAAGCAUACUGAAUACAAAUUAAACAACGGAUUCAAUCCGUGUUGGGACGAGACGCUGACUUUCCAGGUUCGGGUGCCAGAGCUGGCGCUGGUGCGAUUCGUAGUGGAGGAUUACGACACAACUUCCUCCAACGACUUCGUGGGGCAAUUCACUCUGCCGUUGCCCAGCCUGAAGGAAGGCUACCGGCAUAUCCACCUGCUCUCCAAAGAUGGGACUUCUUUGUCUCCAGCCACACUGUUUGUGCACGUCAGAUGCAGGAAGAUGUGAAAGGCGUUGGAUUGUCAAGAAUCCAAGUCAAAUCCGGCCUGCGGUGGAGGAGUGGCUCUGCUGAUUCCGAUAACCGGCCGCCGCUCACCCAGAUGUGUGCAUCUGGACCACACUGAGGAAGCAGCAUGCCCCAGCCCCCCUGGUCUGGGCUGAAUCGGGUGUGCAAGCAACCCUCGCUCAGAGAGCCCGACUCGCAUUAGGGUUAGAAGACUGAAAAAACCUUUGUGCUAUUGAAGAUAAACAGCCCAAGCGGUGUAGCAACUCCUAGAAUCUCUCUCUUCCGGACAUGGUUUUUAGCUUGGGGAGAGGGCCCCGGCCCAUCCCCUUCCCCAUUACGGUUUGGGAAGGGAACACAAGAUGGGAAUAUCUUCCUUAAGUUUCUGACAGUCACACGGCUCUUGUGAGAAGUAGCGAGUGAAAGGAUUCGUACACCUAUUUUGCGUAGCUCUUGUUAGAACGGGGAUUUUGAGAACAGAGGUCAGGAGGAACAGAGGGUUGAGGGUUGUGAGCAAUCCGCCGGUGGACGGAUCCUGUUUGAGGCUUCUGGUACAGCCCUCUAGGCUGCAGAGGAAUGUGAGCCACAGAUUGAACCGAGCCUAGACUAGCCUGCCCGUGGCAAUAUGGGUUUGGAGAAGACCGCCCCAUCAAAGUGCAUUUGGUAGGAAGUUGGGUUGAGGCUGUAGGAAACUCUUAUCUUUGCUUCUUUAGGAAAUAGGCAGCCAGUCCUCUUCAGCUGGCAGUCAGCUUGCGAAGCCAGUCCAGACUUUUGAUACCUUGGCAACAAAUUCUGGCUAGAAACGCUUAAGCUAGCCGAUCGUCAGUCUAAAUCACAAGCCUCUGACUUCCGAUUGUCCCAAAAGAGCAGGUCAGAACUCGUAUUAUACUAGGCUCUCAAAGUAGUACUGUAUAUAUUUGUUCAAGCGUUAGCAAAUUAAUAUUAGCGUGCCCAAAGAGUUCACGUACAUGUCACACUAUAUUUUAAGAAGCACUUUUUCCUACUGGUUCUUUUGAAGAUGGGAUUACAAUAAGCUCCUGUCCUUCAGGAUAAAAAAGGCUUGCUACCUCCACAAUAGCUUUUCCCCUUGGUUAAUUUGAAAAGGGCAUAUUAAUACACCUAAUCUUUCGGCGCUUUGGGUAGUUGCAUCACAGUUUAAAAGCAGGCAUUAUUAGCAAGUUAACUAGCCAUUUUGCCAGACAAUAGGUCAUUUUGGAGCUCCGCUCAACCUUGCCCCUUCUAGUCACUUAAUAUCAGAGCUUUUUGGCUCAGUGCACAGGUUCUGUCCAUUAUUGACCACGGAUUAACAGCCACGGAUUUCCUAAAACGAGAAAUCCCUACUUGGUAGAGGGAAAAGCCAGACAAAUCGCAUGCAGCCCAUCACAUUUGAUGGGGAUGAGGGAGUUUGCUUAAUUUCCUUUGCAGACACAAGGGGAGUCACGGCUGUGUGCAACUUCCUACACGUAGGUGGGUGCAGUUAAGGCUUACAUUCAAAACAACUAGCUUGAAAAGCCUUCCUUUUUGGUAACGGUAAGGCAAGAGCGCUUGAAGGACAGUGACCGAGGGACUGGCAAUACACGUUGUUAAGGGGAAGCGUGGCAAGUGACUUAGACCGCUUCAGAGAAAAAUAGAGCUGCAUCGCUGGCUAACACCACAGCCCCCGUUCCAAGUUAUACCUGCUAAUGCAAAAAUGCGAUACGCUGGCCUUGCCUUUUAAGCCCCCAGUAGCAGCUAAUGAUGCAGAGGAAGGGAAAGUUGUAAAGCAAUGGACAUUAUCAGAGACUUUGGAUUAUUGGACGUUCUCAGAAGGAAGAGGAAAUGACUGUUGACAUGGGGCCAUUUUCCCCAGUGACAGCCCCACACAUUUCUUACUAAGGGGGGACUGGACAAAGGCAGUUUUCAAAAGGGAAACAAACCUUGCUAUUAAAUACAUAUCCCAAGAAAAGUAGGCAGAUGGUGGGAAUUCCACCCGACACCUAGAGAGCACCAUUUUGGCUACCCCUAAAAUAGGGGUUUGGGGGAUUGGGUUGCAAGCAAAGUAGAUUUAAGUAAGGCAGAGCUAUUAAAAAACAAACAAAUAUCUUUCUAGAGAUUGUUUAAAGAAGCAAUCAAGCGAGUUUCUGUAGAGUUGGGUUUAGAUACUUUGAUCUACGGGAUCUGGUCUGAGCCCAUCUCUAGAACAUGGUAGACUGUAUGACAAUGCCCUGCAUUAGACAAAUUCUUCCCAGCUCUCCCCCCCCCCCCCCCGGAUCAUAAUUUCACUAUGAACUAAACAGUUUACAAAUCCAGACUUUGCAAACUCUGCAAGCAGCAGCACUGGUGUGAUUUCACCUCUUACCCAUCUCUCUUCUUUGAUAUUAUAAAGGAAGAAGCCCCCCAAGAACCAGUGUCACUUUCUAGAAUUUGAUUUUGAAAGCUUCUAUGUAUCAAAAGAGACUGUUGUUUAUAAUGUAUUGAAUAGCUAUAAUAAAAAUAUUUUAUUUUAACAAAA